AUGUCUUCAGGAUCAAUCCCUUCCUCUCGAGUCUUGCGAGGCCAAUGUAAAGGUCAGAAAUCAGCUACAUCAGAUCCACAACCACUUUCCGAAGACUCUACAUUACAAGAUAUCGUCGCCACAGGGUCUAAAACAUCCAGGAAGCGUAAAAAUCCAUCUGCAGGUUCAGAUACCGGAGCGCAGCAACUUGGGCUGGAACAAGACAUAUCCCAGCGUCUAGACGACGUCGGUGUCCCGGUUGGACCAAAGACGAGUUGUGUCCGAUUGAUCGAGCUCCUUGACAAAUACACAAAAACUAAAAAGCCUAGGGUAGACCCCUCAGCCUCCAGGAUUCCUUCGGGUCACAACACUCGGUCCAAGCUGAACUCGAACAAGACCAGCAAAAGCACUCAAGAUGCAAGUUCCCUGGCCCAAAUUUCCGAUACUCAGGAGGCUUCAGUAGUUCACAACGAUCCACCAGCAUCGCCGAAUCAUGAUUUCAAUCUUCAUGAGACAUCAGAAUUGAUAAAUAUGAUUGAACAUGUUGGCUUGAAUGGCCGAGGUCUUGAUAAGGAUACACUUGUGGCCAUGUGUGACGAGUAUUGGGAUCUAAAAUCUCAUAACGCCAUCCAAUCUUUACAACCUGCAAGUCAAUCAAGUGAGGUUCUCGGUAGCCAAAAAGAUGAACCAGCACGUAUACAACCCGCGGAAACUCCUGAUCAACGUUCAACAUCGCCUGAACAAGUCUUGAACCACCCCAAAUCCCAGCUGAUACAUCCCAAGCAGAACAAGCGAAAAGAAUCGAUUCAGCAGGAAAAAACAGCGGAGUCAGUGUUGCAGGGUGCUGAUGCAUAUUCACACCGCAAAGUUGGUACAUCAGCAGAACCCGCCCCUGAAGAAGACACAGCUCAGACCGAUCUUGCAAGUUUGGAGCAGCAGGAAUUAUCUGAACCUUCCUCGACCUCCACUCGCAAAUCCCGUCGGACUUGCAAACACCUUACCCCCACGCUUCGGCCACGCCCCAAAAUACAAAAGCAAAUGGACGUAUCAGAUGAUGACUCGUCUCUGAAUGAAGACAACAAUAGUCGUACAAGUAGUUUUUCUGAUGAACUCAUGAUUCAAUCAGAUGAGGACAAUCAAUCUCCUGGACCCCAGCCUACUAGAAAACGACAAGACAGACGCCGCGCAUCCACACCACCCUGUACACACAUGCCAUCUUCACCAGCCGCAAUGAGCUCUGCUCCUGAUUUCGACGACUCCCCUGCUCGUGACUCGAUUCCUAGCGAGAAAUCCAACAACGACCCCGAAUGGCGAACCAAAUUUUAUCAAGUCAAACACUCACUAGACGAAACAAACCACCGACUUGACCUUGUCGUCCAAGAACUGAAGGUUCUUUCGCAGGUUGUGAACACCCUUACUGAUGUAAAACCAAGCCCGCCACCCCCCAAAAAAAUCCGUGGAGGAAGAUGUGCAUCAUGGAUGCGACAUCAUAUCGACACUCUUUUGGGGCGUAGGCCGAGCGAGGGCGGCUUACCUGCUGCGGCAACUGAAGCUGAUAGGCAGGCAUGGAAGUUUGAUACUAACCUUGACACGCUUGAUCCUUGUCUGGUGCCCUCAGGACAGGCUUCGACUACAUCCGAUCCCCAUUUUCCUUACACCAACGGACCGGGACAUCCGAAAGCUACACCCCAGCAGCUGGCAGUCAUGUGGACCAUGAUGCAAGCCGUUGGAGUAUCAAGUUUCCGUCCCGACUUUGACAAGUCCCCAAAUGCAAGCAAGAACAAAUGGCUGUGGGAUUUAGCAUUUCGAAUCUUCAUCAAACUAGCUGAGUGCAACGAAUAUAGUGGGGUGUUACUCGAUGAAGAAAACAUACCAGUCCUCAGGACAACUUUGAUUACACGUGUCCGAUCUCUAACAAAAGGGCAUAAGCAACAAGUGUGGGAUGAGACUCGAAGGAAGCGUGCCGCCAGUGCCUUGAAGAAGCUACGUGAGCGGGUGGUACUCUCAAAACCUCCAUUGUGGCCCCUUACGACCAUUCUCCAAGCCGCUUGUAGUGAAGAUGAGACAGAUCAUGAAACCUGUGUUAAUACCGAAAACAAUGAAUCAACAUGUCACAUCCACAAGUUGAUGUGGCGUAGCGUAGAACUUACCAAUACCUUAAUCCUUUUGGACGAGUACAAAGCUAGGAUAGACGAUAGUAAUCUGAAGCCAAGAAAGUCGCCCCCAGAAAACUCUAGCAGUCCAAACAACGGCCGCCCUUCACGACCUCGAAUUCGAUGCUCAAAUCCAAUAAUCUCAGAAGAUCCUGCACCCUCUGGACUUCCCAUCGACUGCUAUUCAUCACAAUAUCUUGCGACUUUAACCCCAUUGGAGAAGUCCGCGCUGGAAAUUGAUCGCACACCUAUCCUGUCAAAGUUACCAAUUGUCGAGUCUCUCAAAUGA